AUGGCGUACAUUGAGGACGAGCGCGACCUCGUGCCCGCCGACGAGCUGCACCUGGGCGAGGACGUCGGCGAGGAGGUCGAGAUCUUUGCCAAGUUUCUCGACGAGUGCGUCAUUGCCCGCGGAUCGGCCCCCGAACAGCGCGCCCGCAUCUUCAAGCUCGUCGACCACUACUACGGCUAUGCCCGCGAGGUAGCCGACGUGCUACGCGAGCGGGUGCGCCUCGCCCGGUUGGCACGAGGCAGCAGCGGCGAGAGCACCGCCAGCAGCCAAAACAACAUUGGCAGCAAUAGAAAUACAAACACAUUGACGGGACGGCGGGCAGGACUGCGGUCAGGACUGCGGUCAGGCGGUGGCAUGGACAUUGACAACCGGACGGCGCUGCAACGGCAGGACGAUUCGGGCUCCGACGACGACGACACAGCAGCCAGUGCUCAGCGAUGGGAAGAGGAGGCGCAGACGUGGGACCUGCUGCGGCGUCUGCUGCCAUUGCGGUACCGCGACAGGUCGGCAGCAGCAGCGACGGCGACUGGCCCUGGAUCAGCAGGAGCCUCAAUACGCCGCUCAGGCGGCGCCGACAAGCCGCCACAGUCUCGCCGCGAGUACUGGGCCGACUUUGUUCUGUCCGAACCCAAGGCCCGCGAGCGCAAGACCAUUCUCGAGUGGCUGCAGUCGAGCGCCAGCAGCAGCGGACCGGAGAUUGACGAGGUCGUGCAGGAGCUGCAGCGCAACGCCGAGCGCGGCGAGAUCCUUGCCCACGGCUGGCUGCACACCCGCGGCGCCAUCAAGCAGCACAAGCGUCUCCUGGCCACCUCCAAACCGCUCGACCCAAACAGCCCGGAUGUGCGCGACUCCAACCUCGACGCGCCGCACCGCCUCGUCACGCAGCUGGACCCGGACGUCGUGACGCGCCAGGGCCUGGUCGGCCGCAAGCUCGCACCGCAAGAUGCCUUCUUUGAGCAGGCCAUCUGGCUCGGGUGCUACGAGCUGCUUCGCCGCGGCAAGAGCAUGACCGACAUCCGCGACUGGUGUGUCGAGCGCACCGAGGUCUGGCGCGCCGCUUCCAUCUCGGCGCUGCCGCUGGCCAACGACGAUGUGGCCGGCGAGGACGACGAUGCUCCCGACUUCGAUUGCCUGGCCACCGUGCUGUGGCGCCGCAUGUGCUACCGGCUGUCCCAGGAAGGCAGCGCCAGCCAGCACGAGCGCGCCGUCUACGGUAUUCUGUCGGGCGAUCUGGCCAGCGUCGAAGCGGUUGGCGCAUCGUGGGACGACAUGGCCUUCGCCAAGUACAACGCCGAGCUGCGCGCACAGUUUGAUGCCUACCUGAUCCGCCAGGCCGACUCGGCCGCCGUCCACUCGCUGCUCAUCUUGCACGGCGACGUGCCGGUUGGCUACGCGUCCGAUGCGACGUCGUCUUCCCCACACCACGCACACCCAUCCACGUCCACACCUUCGUCCGCCGCCCCCUCCUCCUUUUUGCGCGAUCGCGACGGCCGUGCGCGUAGCAGCAAAGCCGUUGCCAACACGCCGGCCAAGGCCCUCCAAGCCGCCAUGAUCGACGAGAAGCUCGACAGCUUCUUGUUCCAGCAGGGCCUGCUGCUGGCCGAGUAUGCCAACGCCACGCAGCCCUCCAAGCUGAUCCCCAAGUACGACACCACCACCACCACACCGACCACGGCCACCGACGGCAAGUUUAUCGAACCGACCGACUGCCACGGCCUGCGCAUUCUCGCCCACGUGCUCAUUGUCGUGUCCGCCCUCGAUAAGCUCGAUGGCAAGGGCAAGGACGUCGCCGCACUGGGCCCGCUGGCACGCCGCCACCAGACCGAGGAGCACGCCGUCGCGAGCUACAUCAGCUUCCUGCGGCUCGCCCGCCUCGAGGAACUCAUCCCGCUGUACGCGUCCAAGCUCAUGGGCGAUCGCUGCUACACCAACAUGGCCCUCAACCUGAUCCACAUUGAGGAGCGUGACGUGCAGCAGCGGCUGUUGCUGCUGAUGCGCAAGCUCGGCCUCGACCCGGUGAAAUUUGUCAAGACCCUGCCACAGCUGUUCUUGGCCGACGUCACCGAGGCCGAGGCCGAGGCGGACGAGGACGCGGGCAAUGCCAAGCCCGCGUGCACCGAGUUCAGCAUGCUACAAAACAGCGCCCCCACGCUCAAGUUUGGCCGCCUCAUCAAGACGGGCCUGUUUGGCACGGCGGCGGACCUGCCCGGUGACGCCGACGGCGUUCUUCUGGUCGACAAGGCCGACGAGCUGCUGAUCCGGUCUAUGGAAUGGAUGAUGCUCGUGGACGGCCUGGCACUGGAGACGUGCGAUUUCGGCGUGCGCAUCUACAAGUACUUUUUGCGCAACGCGCACCUCACAGCCGCGCGCAUCUUAGCGUCACGCGUCACCUGCUCCGAGAUCAUCCGCCACAAGACUCGCUUUGGCCGUGACCUGCCCGAGGAACCGGACCCGUCGUGGUGGGACGAUGUGUUUGGCCCGCCGUCGCGUCUCACUGCUCAGGAGGAUGACGACAUGGCCAUGGCCAUGGACGACGACGUGCCGACCGAUGUGUCCAAGGGCCAGGUCGCGGCGCAUGCCCGGCCGCUGUUUGAGCUCGAGUGCCUCGUCAACGCGCUGGACUGCCUCGAAACGACCGCCAUGAUGGCCCACAUGAUGAUCAACGAAGCGCCCGACCCGGCCCGUGACCGCAACAUUGCCGGCAACAUUGACGACAAUGCCAAGUACAUUUCGGGCUUUAUGAAGCCUCUCCUCAAAGACUGGCUGCUCCACUCGGUGGAUGACAACCCCGACUACACCCUGCUGCGCGCUUCGUACCUCCCCCAGGUCGUCAUCGGCUACGCCAGUACGCUGCAGUUCGCCGGCACCACCAGCUCCCGCGACUACCUGCUCGAGUGCAUGGAGCUCGCCGCUGUCGUUGCGGCGCCCGACAACAGCGACGUGGCCGGUGUGCUUGUGUCGACGGGCCACAUGAAAGAGCUUGUCGAGUCGUUUGCCUCGUGCAGCAAAGCGCUGGCCAUCUGGACGAGCGACAUGAAGAAGGGCCCCGGUUCCAGCUCCAAGAAAAACCGCGAGAUGGGCUGGUCGCGCGAGCUCUGGUCUGUGAAACAGUAG